AUGGCAACAUGGAGAGAACAAUACCUCUCUGCCUUGCAAGCCCGAGAUCAGGUAGAGCAAGCCAACGUCGACCUCUACGACUACUGCACAAAACUGGCAGAUGACCGGGCUGGAUUGGAAAAGAAAAUCAGACUAGCAGGGAGGGCAGCAUCCGCGUCAGAAGACCCCCCCGCUGCGCCUGAACCUGUGACGACCCCAGGAUGGGGCAUAAGGAGAGUCACGUCGCCAGCCGCACGGCCUGAGUCGCCCAACUCCAGCCCCACGCAGCUGACACAGCUGAGACGGGACCUGUCCAAAGCCCAAAGCGAGCGCGCGGACCUGCAGACGCGGCUGGACACAGCACUCCGCGACCUAGAGGCAUUCAAAAGCAAAACCAAAGUGGACAACAAACGGAUCACCCAACUCAGCGCUUCUGUCAACCAGUUAACGAUAAAAGUCCGUGAUAGAGAGGAAGAACUCCGCGGCAAAGCGAAACUGAUUGAGAAUGUGCAAGACGAGAACGUCACGCUGAACCUUCAACUCAAUAUGGCAGAGGAGCAGUCUGCGAAGCUGAAGAAGGAGAACCAAGAUUUGGUGGACCGCUGGAUGGCCCGCAUGGGCAAAGAGGCAGACAGGAUGAAUGAGGAAGGGAAAUUUGGCUGA